UUUUUUUAAAAUAAAAUUAAUUAAUAUUAUUAAAAACAAAACUUAUAUAUGAAUAUAAUCGAUUCACAUAAGCUUUAGAUAAUCCUUAAGGAAUCAUCUGAAACUCUUUCAUUUUUAUAAUCAGUUCUUCCUUAAGACGAUUUAUCAUCCGAACUUGCCGGAUAUGAAAUAUCGAAAUUAUUAAAAAAAUAAAAAUAACUUGAAAAAGAAUACGCAUAAUUAGUUUAAAUUCGUACAUCUCUUACAGGAAUUCAAAAUAAAAAAUAACUUAUAGAAAUCCAAAAUAAAAUUGUGGAAGUAGCUUCAAAUUUAAAAGAAAGCACAAAAAAAUUAUGUAGGUUAUUUAAAGAAAACCCCGACAUAGAAAGCGAUUCAGCCAAAGUAUAAAGAGAUAGGAGAGAAUUUAUGAAAAUGAUAGAACUUUUAAUUCAAAUGGUGCAAAAUGGAAGCAUACAUAAAUUUUUUAAUAUGACCACAUAAGAACUAGAAGAAUAAGACAAAUUAAGGAAAUUAAUAUAAAUGGAAAAAGAGCUUUGUAAUGAUAUAAAAUAGUUAUAAGUAGAUAGAUUAAAUGAAACUAAAGAAUAUGAAUAAGAAUAAGUUGAGAUCAAUUUAAAAAUAUAAACAUUUAAAGAAAAACUUUUAUAUAAAAAAAAUAGAGCAUAUGCUAAAAAUUCUUAUAGAGAAAAAGAAAAACGUUCAGAAGAAUCGACUGAUUUUAGAACUUUUGACAUAGAAUAAAAGCAUAUUUAAGAUUAAAUUAAAAAUUUAUAAAAUAAAAUAGAUACUGAAAAUUAGGUGUUUUAAGAAUUAAAAGAUUUUCUUGUCAAAAAAGAAGAGUAAGCAAGACUUUCGUCAGACGAAUGGGAGAAGAAAACUCAAAUUUUAAAACUUAAAUUAGAAGAAAAAAUCGAAAUUUUAAAUAAAGAAAAGGAAAAGUGUACAGAAGAAUUAAUUAAACUCAGAUAAUGGUAAGAAGAAAUUGAAGAAGAAAGAUAAAGAAUUGAGAGAUUAGAAAUUAAAGAAGCUAAAUAAAAAGAAGAAAAUUAACUAAACCUUAUAAGAAUAGAUAAUGCUUUAAAACUUAUAUAAUAGGAAUAUAUAGAAUGGAAAGAAUAAGGAGGAGGAAAGAAAAAAUCAAAAGGAAAAAAAAAAAAAUGA